AGCCUGGCCUCUGGGGGCGUGUCCCACUCAGGGCCCGCCCCCUCGCGUCUGCACGUCGCGCCGUCCUCGCGCUCGCCGUUUGGCUGCUGCGACUGCGGAGGCUGAGGGAGUAGCUGACUGGCGAGCUCACUAGCUGACUGACUGGCAGACCGGUGGCGGAUUCAGAGUGAGGGUAGCAAGAAUCACUCAGCAACAAUGUCAGCAGAAGUGGAGACUUCUGAAGGGGUAGAUGAGUUGGAGAGAAAGAAUCCUGUGGCCCCAGAAAAGGAAAACCAUAUCAGAAUGCCUGAUCUCUCUGAGCUGCUGAAGGAAGGAACCAAGGAAGCACAUGACCGGGCAGAAAACACCCAGUUUGUCAAGGACUUCUUGAAAGGCAACAUUAAGAAGGAGCUAUUUAAGCUGGCCACAACUGCACUUUACUUCACAUACUCGGCCCUCGAGGAAGAAAUGGACCGAAACAAGGACCACUCAGCCUUUGCCCCCUUGUACUUCCCCAUGGAGCUGCACCGGAAGGAGGCACUGACAAAAGACAUGGCGUAUUUCUUUGGUGAAAACUGGGAGGAACAGGUGAUGUGCUCUCAGGCCACCCAGAAGUAUGUGGAGCGGAUCCACUAUGUGGGGCAAAAUGAGCCAGAGUUGCUUGUGGCCCAUGCAUAUACCCGCUAUAUGGGGGACCUUUCAGGGGGACAGGUGCUGAAGAAAGUGGCCCAGCGGGCCCUGAAGCUCCCCAGCACAGGGGAAGGGACCCAGUUCUACCAGUUUGAGAAUGUGGACAAUGCCCAGCAGUUCAAGCAGUUCUACCGGGCCAGGAUGAAUGCCUUGGAUCUAAGCCUGAAGACCAAAGAGAGAAUCGUGGAGGAAGCUAACAAGGCUUUUGAGUACAACAUGCAGAUAUUUGAUGAACUGGACCAGGCUGGCUCCAUGCUGGCUAGAGACACCCUGGAAGAUGGGUUCCCUGUGCAUGAUGGGAAGGGAGACAUCCGUAAAUGCCCCUUCUAUACUGCUCAACAAGACAAAGGUGCCCUGGAGGGCAACAGCUGCCCCUUCCGGACAGCCAUAAGUGUGCUGAGGAAACCCAGCCUCCAGUUAAUUCUGGCCACCAGUGUGGCCCUGGCUGCUGGACUUUUGGCCUGGUACUACAUAUGAAGGACCUGUCAUGCCAUGGUGGCACCCUCCUCCCAAGUGACCACUGCCCACUCCUAUCUCCACUUCUUGACUACCACCUCAGGUGACUUUUUAAAAUGCUGGGUUUGAGAAAACAAGCAACCAAUAAAAAAGUCAGAUGCUAGAGCCUCUGCCUGAUGGCAUAUUCUCUGCGGGCCCGAUGCACAGCACAGCAGGGCAGGCCUGGCCCGGGCCUCUGAACCAGCUUUGCUCCAAAGCUCCUCAACCUCUUGGGCCCCAGACACUUUCUCUCCCCAGUAUGUGGGGAAGCUAUCCUUGUCUUGAUAGAAGUGAGUAGCCAGCAUGCCAAGGUUCGGGGCUAGGGGUUUCUUGCCAAAUGAUGCUGCUCAACUUUUGGGCCUCUCACCUCUUAAGGAGUUUGGGGGUGGGCAGAAGCAAGGCCCCUCUGCUUCUGCAGCUCUAGAACUCAUCACUCUCAACUAGGAUGCUCCUGAGGUCUACUAAUCUGGGCUGUCCCCUCUGACCUGUAUAAAUGCUUAGUAAAAUAGACUGCAUGGGGCUGGGGAUUUGGCUCAGCGGCAUAAGCGCCUCUCUCGCAAAGUGUGCGGUUGUGAGUUUGAUCCCUGGUGCCGAUAAAAAAGACUAAAUAAAUAAAUAAAUAAAUAAAUAAAUAAAUAAAAUAGACUGUA